AGACCAAUUCUGCCAUCCGAAGCAAUUCUUCUCUCUUGCCUGCCCCAACGCUGGUUGGGACGCGAGACGAGACUGAAACUUCGAAGGAAUCGAACAACUGUGUCGUCUACAUUGGAUGGCUUCUCUUGCGCUCUCCAGGCCAACUCUAUCCACUCCGUUUCUGCCACAAAACCCUUUCUGCAAUGGAAAUAAGAAGACCACAGCAGCAUACUCUUAUAUCCCCAUUCUUAGAAGUUUUAGAAGCCCUAGAUGUGCAGUAAAUGCCCCGUAUGAAGGUAACACCCCAAAGUUCCCUCGGAUGAAUGUUUGGGAUCCUUAUAAACGUCUUGGUGUAAGUCCUUAUGCGUCUGAGGAAGAAAUUUGGGGAUCUCGCAAUUUUCUCUUACAACAGUAUGAUGGACAUGAGAGAAGUGUAGAAUCAGUAGAAGCCGCUUUUGAGAAGCUACUUAUGGCCAGCUUUAGAGAAAGAAAGAAAACAAAAAUAAAUUUGAAAAGCAGGCUAAAAAAGAAAGUGGAAGAGUCUCCACCUUGGGUCAAAAGCUUGCUCAAUUUUGUAGAAGUUCCUCCAAUUGAAGUUAUAUUCAGAAGGUUGUUCCUGUUUGCAUUCAUGGGCGGCUGGAGUAUCAUGAAUUCUGCUGAAGGUGGACCUGCUUUUCAGGUUGCAGUCUCUUUAGGAGCUUGCAUAUACUUCCUCAAUGAGAAAACAAAGAGUUUAGCUAGAGCUGUCAUUAUUGGAUUUGGAGGUCUUGUGGCAGGGUGGGUAGUCGGGUCGAUUGUUGGCCCCACAAUUCCAACUUUCCUGAUACACCCUACUUGGACGCUUGAACUUCUAACAUCAUUGGUGGUGUAUGUUUUCUUGUUUCUAGCCUGUACUUUUCUCAAGUGAAAUUCAUUCUUCAGUUUGUGAUCAAACUUUGACACUUUAAAUUCAGUGAUUUUGAGUUCUGACAGAGUAUCAACUAUUAAAUCAUGCUUCUUAUUAUCAAUGCUUUGCAAGUGUUAUGUAUU